UUCUGACGGUUAAAAAUGUCAGUACAAUCUGUUUCCCACAGACUGGGCGAGAAAAAAUCAAUCCUCCUCGCUCAAGAAGAGUUGUUUCCAGCUGAUCCCGUUGAAGAACUGACUACCACGCCAAAGUUCCUGCGGGAUAAUGGCCAAGAAACAAACGCUUGUCCUGCUAGGGUUCGAGGAUGAACCAAUCGCGGAGAGGGACCGACCCUAUCUAUCCUACACGACAAACAAAAUCGGUGGCCAUGCGGAUUGGCCUGCUGGUGCGAUGGACGUUCAACCGUGCAUUUUCUGCGGCCAGCAAAGACCAUUGAUCGUGCAAAUCUAUGCACCGUUGGAUGAUUCGCAGUUCCACCGGACGUUGUACGUGUUCGCGUGUUUAAAUGCACCCUGCUCGACGCAAUCCCAGGCGUGGACGUGCCUGCGGAUACAGUCGCUUGAAAAGAGCUCUCCGGGCGCGGACGGUCUAACGGAGAUUCGGUCCGGCAAGGUGGUGACGAAGGAUUCCACGAUAUCGUGGUGUAGCGGGGCCGACGAUUGGGACGAGGACGUGCAGGAGGAGGGUAUGGAGGAGGCGCGUGAGGAUUUCAGUACCUCCACCUUUAUGCGUGUUGAUACGAGUAGCGUAGCCGCGGAACAGUUGUUGAACGAGGAGAAUGGCAAUGUGAUCCAGUACGAGAAGGUGUCCGACGAGGACGACGAAAGCAAUUCGAUGGAAGCGGAACCUAUACCUGGGUUCGAAAACCUUCGGGUAGACGAGACGAAUGCGAACGCGCGCGGUGAUGGUAGACCGUCCGGUGGAGCUACCGGAGGCGGAGAACUGAUCGAUAAUCUCUACACAACGAGAGCGUCGGCCGAGAUUGAAGGACUGGAAGCGGAGGUCGUUGUAGUGGAUACGCCCGUCUCACCGAAACGUGAUCUAAUCGCACUGCUGAAGCAGCCCCAGGUUGUGCCACGGAACAUUGUGGACGUAACGCUGAGGGGCCUGUACAUAAGCGUAGAUGAGGAGCGAUACGUUGCACCGCUGGCAUCGGAUCACGUUCGGGAACUGCUCGCCGAGUAUCAGAGACAAGAGGAUGUGAAAACUAGCCCCGAAAGUACGGUGGAGAAUGUUGCUUCGGGAACUAAGCAACAGCCAAAAGCUAACCACGAUCAAGAGCUGUACGAGAAGGGCAUUCCCAUGCACGGCGAUCUGAUGUUCCAUUCUUUUCUGAGCAAGCUGCAGGAAAAUCCUGGCCAGUUGCUGCGCUACUCGCGUAACGCUCUACCGUUGCUGAUAGCGCCCAUCAAGGAAAUUGCCAUUCCGCCCCACUGUCAGUACUGCAAGAAUGAAAUGAUCUGUGAAAUUCAGCUGCUUCCGACGAUGAUCGAGAAGCUGCGGUUUGAGGUGAACGGCGAACGGGUGCCGAUCGACUUUGGCAACGUGCUCGUGUGGACCUGCGGCAAAAGCUGCUGGGACACGCCGGACAAAAUGCGCCUGGAGCUCGUGCUGGUGCAAAAUGAAGCGUAAAGCAGCCGCAGUGGCGCAGUGAAAGUGAAGCAAUCUUCCAUAUGCCUUCGGGAGAACGUUGGAACGGAACAGGCUGGUUCCGGCAGAGUCUCUUGGUUUGUGCCACCCCGUAGGGCAAAGGCAUUUCUGUCGCGUACUGAAACCAUCGUCAAUUCGGAUCGUUACCUUAGACAGCACAGCCGCUGCCGCAGCCACCGCCGUCGCGUUGUUGUGACUCUGACCGCCGAUAAGGAAAUGGAAACGUAUCAGCAUUUUAAAACGCGAAAUCGACAUGUGCGCCCACACUGACAGCAUACAACGGAUGUACCCCGCGAUAUUAGUCCCGGUAGAUAUUUUAUCGUGUUUUAUAUGAAUGAAUUGUUCGGCUCGAGUUUUAGUAGCAUCGAUAGCUGGUAGCAGGAACGUGUUGGAAUGAUAAUUAUCCCUAUUCUAUACAGUAAGUAGCGAUUAAUGUGAUAGCAAACAAAACUACAACUAUCGUAUGCGACAAUGUACGAGCGUAAAUAUUCCGUUUCUCUACGAAAGCGCGCAUCGUGCAUGGAAUGCACCCGAGUGCCAGCGAUUUAGCUAUGCCGUCCGAUAUACUUUGCGGCAAACUUUUUAUUUCGUUGUACCGUACGUUGGCAACAGUUUGGUUACCAAUCGAAUAUGAAACCACAGCAGGAAGAAACGUGCCAGGACGGCUCCGUAUCCGUAAUAUUGUUAUACGACCAGUUUAGUUUUCAAGUUGAUUUUAGUGGCCAAAGAAGCGAAACGAAGUAAACGUUCGUUGCAAUUCAGUAGGAGAUGCGCCACUUGUAACGAUCUUAAAUCUUAGAUUUCAAAGAUUAGCUAUGAAUUCAUUCGCAUCCUUCAAAAAUUUCUUCUACUUCUGAAUAAAGCAAAUACAAAUGCAAAAUAAAACUAA